UCCGGGUCGGUAUUUUUGCGGCGUAACUCGUGACAGGUUUUUAUUUACCACCAGUGCUGGAAGAAAUCCGUUAGCGGUAUGGAGCCGUACGGACCCCGGAUAACUUAAACAGGCCAGUGCGGACAUAACCUUUCAUUUAAAGGAGCCGUUAGAGACAAACCAUGUGGAGGCUCCACGGUUUUGUUGGAAGAGUUCUGCAUCGAUAUCAUGGCAACAGCACCCUGCGACUGUCCCAAAACCACCAUGUGGAGGACGAGGUCAUCAACAACUCAGCUGUCCUCUCCACCUCUCGACACCCCCCUGACAACAGAUCUCAGGAAGAGGAGGAUGGAGAGAGGAGGAGGAAGCAGAGGACCUUUCAGUCCAAGUAUGCUGAGUUUCCGCGUUACACGGCUCUGGAUGCUGUGGGAUGGGGUGCAGCAGCAGUUCUGUUCAUGCAGCUCUGCAGGAGGAUCCACUCCCAGUUCUCCUCAAGCACAGAGCCCAGUCCAAGCCCCGGAGCCCUGUCAGCCCCUUCCACUCUACACAAGUGUGGCUAUCACAUCCUACUAGAGAUCUUAUCAAGACAUGAUUUCCUGCCCAGAGGAAGGAAUGUGCUGUGUCUGCAGGGGGUGCUAGAGAGACAGAACCAAGAUCAGUCCCCUACUCAGAGCAGUGACAGUGACAGCAGCAGCACACAGGACCAUCUCACUGCCAUCUCUGACCACCAGAGGGAACUCCUGAUCCGGGAUGCACUUAUACCAGAGGAUGAACUCCUGUCAGCUUCCUGUCCGCUGCAGGAUGAUGCCAGCCAAGACAAGGCAGAGAAACCCGACACCAGUGAUGAGGAAAUGUUGUCUGAUGAAGAGAGGCUGGCAGCGGCAGCACUGAACCUCAGACGUGUGGAAGACAUCUGCGUUCCUGUUGUCCUCAACAUAAUUGGUCUAGAAAAUGCCAAGAGGGAAAACCACCAGGAAGCUUUCACCUGUUUUCUCGCUGCAGCUCAGCAGGGCUACAGCAAAGCCCAGUUUAAUGUGGCGGUGUGCUAUGAGAAAGGUAGAGGAGUGAGCAAGAACAAGGAGAAGGCUCUGCACUAUUAUAGGCAGGCAGCCGCGAGUGGCCACAGACAAGCUCAGUACCGCUGUGCAAAGCUGCUCCUGACCAGCAGAGGGCACCAGAGUCCAGAGGAGCUGAGCACAGCCAUCGACCUUCUGGAACAAGCUGCUGCAGCUGGGCUGACCAAGGCUCAGCUCUGCCUGGCCUCCGUCUACGCCCAGGAUACAGUGAAAUAUGGUUGUAAGUCCAUCCAGAACCUGGAGAUGGCAGCAGAGAGUGGCGAUGACACUGCUCAGCUCUUCUUGGGAAAUUGCUAUGAGAGCGGCUUUGUUGUGCAACAGAACUUGAGGACAGCUAUUACAUUUUACAAAAAAGCCGCUCGAGCUGGGAACAAGCAAGCUGAGAGAUUACUGAGGCCUCCUAAUGAAACCUAUACAAAAGAAUCCGUGUUGCGGUCCAUCCAUUCAACUCCAUGCUUCUCAAAGACAUUUUCUCCUCUGUCAAGCUGUGUCACUCCCUCCACAAGUCAACCCACUGCCCUCCCUCUCCUGCCUCACUCCUGGAGCACCGGGAGCCUCAGCGGGCUCCCAUCUUUGUCCUCCGUACCUCUCCAUCUCCAUUCUCCGAGCACUGAGAGAAGAAGCUGCCAGUGGACUGUAGGAAUAGGAUAAAUACCGAGAGCCAGUCGCAUUACAGAUUGAGGAAUGUAUUUCAAAGUAUGAAUGAGUUUUCAGAAACCUGGGAAAGGUCAAAGUGUGUUCGGUGUGUGAGGUCUGAAUCGGAGCGAAUUGCUUUUAUACUCAAAAAAGAAACAAGUUUUAUUUAGUUUUUAAAAGAUGUGAGUUAUUUUUUUAUGUCAGAAAGAGCUGUGGAGCAAAAGGUCUUGGAAUCAGAGAAGAAGCCAUCUGUCAUUUGUUUUUGUACACUACAGUUUUGUUUCUUACAAUCUUCCCUCUGCUAAGUUCUCCAGAAAUGUGCCUUUUGGGUGGUAGGUUGUUUCCCUCCUUGCUAAUAAGGAUGUAAUCACACACAGAGAGGUAUCUGAUAUCUUCUGUCUACUGCAGACAAUAACGCCAACUUUAAACCUCUGAAACUGAGGAAGUGCUUCACAUGAAUGUUAUAUUUUAACCUUAAAUAAUAUAAUUAUGUAUUUAGGUUAAACGGUUCAGUGUGGCUUGCUGUUGUAAAAGAAAGACUGCAUGCUUGUGAUAAACCAACCAAAGGGAAAAUUAAUGCACUGUGAGGAGGAUGUUGUGUUGUCAAGUGCGCACAUUAAAAAAAAAAAAAA